UUUUACGAACACAUAAUCAAACUCGAAUUUUAUUCUUUAAGAUAUAGUUCAUUCGAGUAACUCUGAAACGUAAUUAAUUAAAGCUUAGAAACGAAAGAUUAAAAACAUUUAAUCCUCAAUGGUGUAUCUAUUCCACUCUAUAUUAAUGUAGUAUCGUGGACGAAAGGCCUAAGAAAUAUCGGGCGAACUAUGAACAAUGUCGCGAGAGCCGAGGCGUCGUCGGACCCAUCAAUGUGUCAUCGGUCUUUUCAAGUGCAUAUUUCGUGGAAAAGACCUACGUGACCCUGGCCACGAGCGCCUGCAGAACACGUGUGCGGUGGGCCUAGGAAAAAGACAACAGAAUGCGGCAACGGCCAGAGCGUUAGUCGAAAAGCAGAGUGCGAGUCGAGGAGCCGAGUGCGAGCUGAGCGGAGACAGAGGUUGCGAGUGGCGUUGCCGAGAGAGUGUGGAUUACGCUGUUUUCUGUGCGUUUGGCGUGAAUAGUUCAGACAUGCAAGAAAUUCCGUGUUGGAGAGCGAUGUUGCGAGUUCGAGUGCCUGGACCACCUGAAGACCGGAACUGUCUAUAGUUUAUGUCGUUGAUGAUAAUAAUUCCUCCACGACUCAGCAACAAGAGCUACUCUGGGUGAUGAGCUUAAUGGUGCUGUUGCGGCUAUUUUAAUUUUUCAACAAGGAUCCAAAUGGCGCCGUUGACGAAAUUCUUUCAUUAUAAACGUCAACGAUCAACAUCAGCCAUCAGGGAACGAAGAAGGUACGCUGUAACGUGUCUGAGUAAUUAUACCUCGAGGAGUACAUACAGUUAUGUAAUGAAGAUUCGUAUGUGAGUGUUUGUUUUCUUAUUUCUUUUCCCUUUGUUUCAUUUGAAUGGAUUUUUGUACUCAAAGAGCGAGGUAAGAUUACGUCAGAUACGUUUUUACAUAUGCUAAAAAAAUGGAAAAUGAUGAUGAUGAAUCAAUGACACGUAGAAAAUUAUAAUCUAUUGUAUUGCUGUUAUCUAAUGGUGUUGUAGUUGACUGUAUGGUGGAUGUAUCUAAUGGUGUUGUAGUUGACUGUAUGUUGUUCAAUAUUGCUAUGAAACUCUUCUGAUUCAUUGUCACUUAUACGAAGGAUGGAAGUAUACGAAAUUGAUAAAAUUAUUAAUAAUAUUUACGAAGAGAAAGUAAACUGUUGGAUAUAUGACAAAAUAAUUCUAUUUUAAAUAAGAGACUGGUCAGCGUGGUUAUUUUGUUUACAAAAUCAAACGAAUUUAAUGAAUGUAAUGGUAAGGAAGUAACUAUAAGUGGCUGUUAAACUAUUUUUAUGCUUGAAAAGUAAUUCGCAAAGUAAUGUAAAGCAGUACUACUGAGUUGUACAUAACCUCUUUCAGAAUUUGUUCUUAACCUCUUGCUUCAUAACUUCCUUAAUUAUACUCUUCAAACUUAUUGACUACUUCGAUGUUGUUACGAACAGAAACUGAUAAAAUAUUAAUCUUAAAUAUAGAUUGAAAUGAAAGCUUGUCAGGUAUAUAUAUAUAUAUAUAUAUAUAUAUAUAUAUAUAUAUAUAUAUAUAUAUAUGUACUACUUACUCAAACUAUGGAUCACAUAACCUAUACAAAAAAAAAAAAAAAAAAAAUUAUUGUACACUAUAAAGCAAGAGGUUAAAUCUUUAAUCUGUUAAGAAUUAAAUUUUUUAUUGUAACUGCGAAAAUUAUAAAAGUACCAAGCGAAGCAAGUACGGAAUAUAUGCGGAAUAUGAAUCGCUCAACGAACCAAAGAGCGGCUCAGUGACAAAAUUAGUAAAGUAAAGACCACAAAUAUAACAACAUUAUAUUCUACCACAAAAUAAUUCUCUAUACAAAAAAGGUACACAACGAAUCGAUUUUUCACAACGAUAAGAGUCAACAGAACCAAUCAAGACCAGGCGAGACUCUCAUAAGACAACGAUAUCAGAGGAAUCAAAUCAGCGACUUCAAUCUAUAUUACAGAGUAUAGUUAUCAAGAAAAAUUGCUCUUUUCAUGAAAAGUAUGGUAAUGAUACUCUUAUAAUACAUUGUAUAUCUGGCAGUCGGGUGUGCCCGUGGCCAUCGGAAAUGUAAAGACGACGCUUUUAGAAAGUGAUAGCGCCAUCGCGUUUUAAAAACGCGUUAGAAGAAGGACGGUUUCGCUAUCCAAGGCGAAUCGAAAAGUGUGCGUGUUGCGAGAAUCAGAGUUGAUCGAGACGUCGAAGCAUAGAAUCGUUAGAAUUGAGUUGCGAGUGUUGUCGAGUGUUAGAGUUGCUAGUGAGAGAGAGAGAGAGAGUUACCAAAUAGUUGUCAAGUUAUUUGUUGUAAAUACGAGCGUUGCAUUUAGUUUUCCUGUUAAUCAAACAUCGUUUCCCUGUCUAACUAAUAUCUGUAUUUUCAAUCCAUUAUUAAUAUAUUCCGAUAUUACAAGUGGGGGCUCGUCCGGGAUUGAAUAAGACAGAGAAACGAUACGAUUUAACGGAGCUAUUUCUGCGGGAGUAGAAAAGAAUAGAAUAAAAUGGCAAACGUUGAAGACGAACGAUUGUCGGAUGAAGAGGAUUUGACGCUGGAGGAGCUGAGGAGUAAGCUCGCACAGAUGAAUCUGCCUAUAUCCGGUGCGAGAUCAGUGCUGGUUGCCAGGUUGAACAGAGCGUGCAAACCUGGUCGAUCUACUCCUAAGGAUUCGAAGCGUGGCGAAGAACCAACAAACCAGCGAAAUCUAAGAAGCAAGCAGAGAGCCGAACGCAGUCAAGAGGGAGAGGAAGACCUCGAGAAGCUGAGGACGAAAGAGCUGAGAGCGCGUCUCGUUAGCUUGGGGUUGAAGGUAACGGGAAGAAAAUCCGAACUACGCGCGCGGCUACAGGCGGCCCUAGAAGGAGACGAUGUAUCGUCGGAAGAAGAGAGCUCCGACGAAAGUGAAGGCGAGGACGAUAAACAAGGCGCGCGAGAAUACAGGAGAGGCACGCGAGCGGUGUAUCAGGACCGCGAUGAGUAUCAGCAGAAGGUAUGCGUCGGUUCGAUGUUGAGUCUUAAAGACGUGGAAGACUCAUUAGAGAAAUUCAGCGGGGAUGAUCUGCUGAGUGUAAAUCAAUGGGUGGAAGACUUCGAGGAAAUGGCAGAAGUGUGGGGUUGGUCAGACGCCCACAUGGUGGCCUAUGCUAAGAAAUUACUCGCAGGCUCCGCUCAGGCCUUCGUACGACAAGAGCGAUGCGCGAAGUUCUGGGCAAAGCUAAAAAAGGCGUUGAGGAAUGAGUUUGAAAAUGUAGUAAGAGACCAACAGAUACAUGGCGAGUUAUCCCAUAGAAAGAAGAAAGCAGAUGAGAGUCUGCAACAAUAUAUGUAUCACAUGUGCGGGAUUGCAAAACAAGGAAGGAUUGAUACGCAAUCCUUGAUAGACUACAUUAUUCAAGGCAUUCCCGACGAGGUCGCGAACAAGACUGUGCUAUACGGAGCCAGGAAUAUCGAGCAAUUAAAAGAGCGUUUCAGGCGCUACGAAGCGAUAAGAAGAGAUAUGGAGAUGAGGACGAAAUUUGAGGAGCCGAAGAGUAGCAGGGUAAAGCCGGUGGCGAAGCUGUCCGAAACCGAGAGGAACAAGGAACCCGGUCGAUCUGGAGAUGCGAGGAAGGCGCGAUGCUACAAUUGCGGUGAUGCGGAGCACGUGUGUGCGGAGUGUCCGAGCAAGUCGAGAGGACCUAAAUGCUUCAAAUGUAGGGAGUACGGACACAUCGCAUCAAGUUGCGACAAUUUGGGUGAGCCCUCAAAAAAAGUUUACAGCGUGUUUCGGUCGUUACAAACAAGGCGUGGUAAGGAUGUUAAGAUGGAAAAUUUCGAAUUGAGCGCGUUGAUAGACACCGGUAGUGAGCUGACUCUAAUGCGAGCAGAUCAGCAUGUGAAAAUCGGAGCGCCCAGAUUAAGUCGGGAAAUCGUUGGAUUUCGCGGUGUCGGUUCCGGAAGGAAUUUUACGCUCGGGAAAUUUUCGACGAACAUUAUUAUAGACAAUGAGUCGUACUGUAUAACCAUACACGUAGUUCCAGACACAGUGAUGCAACAUUCGCUUAUUAUUGGCGCAGACUUUUUGGACACUGUUGAAAUAAGUAUAAAAGGGGGAGAAUCUUUUAUUAGUAGAAUAAAGGACGAAAAUCCCGAUGAGUGUCCGGAAGUCCUCAAGAUAGAUGUAGAGACACAGGCGAGUGAGAUAGAUUUGUCGCACGUUAAGGACAUGCAACAUAGGCUAAAAAGAGAUUUGAAGAGAACCAAAGCAUUGCUAAGAGACGCUCAAACGAUGCUGGAGAGAUCGAAAGGUGACUCGACGGGUAAAGCAGCUUUACGACAGCUGAAGAACCAGUUAGAAGAUGCAGAAUGCGCUAGAGCAGUUGCAGUUAAAGCGAAACAGGCACUGGAGCAAGAACUGAAUGAGACGCAGGCUUCGUUGCAGGAAGUACUGCGGCAACGUUCCGAAGCAGAAGAUCGUGUUAAUGUAGCUAGUCGCGAACGAACUGAGCUACUGUCGCAAUUGGAAGAAAAUAAAGAAGAGUUAGCAGAAGUUUUGAAGAAGUAUCGGGCAGCUGUGCAGCAAGUGUCGGAGGAACGGAGAAUAGUGGCAAGACACGUGGUGAUUGGUAAAGUGGACCACGAGAUGGUGUCCUCGUCGGAUUCUUGCGGCCAGCAGGAGGACUUAGCGAACAUCACGAGGAGGAAGAAUCUGGCUAAACAACAGCAACAGGAUGUUGUUGAUGAUAUUUGCGAAUUUACUGAGAAGGAUAGCGUUGCGGGUGUGAGGGUUGUUUCAAGUUUUCGGAUAGACUCGAAGAGAGUGAAUGCAAGGCGAACGAAAAGACAAGGGAAGUCGCACGUGCGGAAUCCCUCCAAUAAUAUCGAUACGAAGAUUCGAUAUACAAAGGAUGUGGAUGACGAGGACGACGAUGGGAUUGUCGAGGACACGAUGAACGUGAAGACCUUCGAAAAAGAAGAGAUCAUAGUCUCGGUAGAUGGUAAGUUGUCAACGUCUUCCAUGUACGAACCGAGCCUACGAAAAUGUCACGAUGCUGCCACGACGAUCAAAGCCCCUGACAAGAGUGAAAUGGGUAAACAAACAACGGAGAGGAAGAUAGAGGAAGAGCGAAAGAGGAGCAGUAGCAUCGAGGACGACCAGGCCGCGGUGUUCCAAGAGGAACGAGAUCAGCUGCGUGCGGACGCAAAGAGACGGAUUGAGGAGAUCCAAAUCCGAAACAAGCGGGCGUAUAACAGGAGACGCAAGAAGGCGACAGCAUACAGGACGGGAGAUCUAGUGGCAAUCGAGAGGAUGCAGAGGGGUCCCGGGCUAAAGCUGCAUCCGAAGUUUCUUGGACCGUAUCGGGUGAUAAAAGUCCUGCAAAAUGACCGAUGCAUAGUGCAGCGAGAGGGGGAGCACGAAGGGCCACGUACAACUUCCACGGCAGCCGAUCACAUGAAAUGGUGGAAUGCUGACGAUAGUGAUGUAAGUGCGAGCGGCGAUGAUGAGCACAUCUGAGGGCAGAUGUGAUUGUCAGGAAAGGCCGAUUGUAAUAUCGUAGAAUAGCUUUGAUUGGAGAUCGGCUGAAAAUAGAAAACCCGUGUACGUCGUGUUUCUGUGGUUCGUCUACAUUUAAGAGUGCCUACGUGACUAAAGGCACGUAGUUGGUAGUUCUUACAUAGGUAUGAGGGAAACAAUAGACAACGUUAGAAGAAGGACGGUUUCGCUAUCCAAGGCGAAUCGAAAAGUGUGCGUGUUGCGAGAAUCAGAGUUGAUCGAGACGUCGAAGCAUAGAGUCGUUAGAAUUGAGUUGCGAGUGUUGUCGAGUGUUAGAGUUGCUAGUGAGAGAGAGAGAGAGAGAGAGAGAGAGAGAGAGUUACCAAAUA